GGCAUAUAUGCAAUACAAACUAUGAUGGUUGACAAGGACAAUUCUUCUUCAGCUUCAGCUUUUCCAUCAUUGGAGAGGUUGAAAUUGCAAGAUUGCCCCAUACUGAAAGGAAAAUUUCCAAAAUGCAUUCCUGUCCUUAAAAAGCUAAAGAUUGCCAGAUGCUUUAAGUUAAUAUAUUCACUAAUAAGUCUUCCAUCACUUGAAGAGUUGUGUGUUGAAAGAUGCAGUGAGGCCUUCUUGAGGAGUAUGGUUGACCUCAACUCACUCAAAACAUUGAGAAUUAGCAGAAUUUCUAAGUUGAUUUGGUUGCCCAAGAGUUUUGUGGAGUCCUUGAUAGCACUUGAGGUUAUGGAGAUUACAAGAUGUGAUGAACUCACUUGUUUGUGGGAGGAAGGAGCCAAUAUGGUAAACCUCCCAUGCCUUAAGAGAAUGGAGAUCGGCUGGUGCCCUCUGCUUGCAUCCCUAACGGGGAAAGAACAAGGUUUUCUCCCCAAUGGUGUUCAAACUUUGGACAUACAUGAUUGUGGGGGCACUGGAGUCCUUGCCUAGUGAGAUGAUGAUGGAGCGACUCGAAGAAUUAUAUAUAAGUAGAUGUCGUGCUCUUAGAAUGUUUCUAAGAGGCAAGUCACUCACCAUGCUUAAAAUCCUCAAAAUUGAAGAAUGUGAAAAGCUAGAAUCGUUACCAGAAGGAAUAUUGAUGAAUAAUGGUGAUGCAUGUCAAGUGUCCCAUUUUGCAGAAUUAAGUAUUGAAAGCUGUCCUUGUCUGAAAUCUUUUCCAACUGGCCACCUACCAAAUUCUUUUAAACGCCUUUAUGUCCGUAAUUGCAAGCAAUUGGAAUUUAUCCCUCAGAGAAUGCUGCAGUAUUAUAGGGAACUUGAAGAGAUUCAACUCUAUGGUAAUAAUUCUAGAGAUGAUUGGUCAAAAUAUGAGAGACGUUAUAUCCACAAUUGUUAUAUCCUCAAAUGUUCACGGAUAGAUAAGUUAGAUGGUUUAGAUGGUUUGGAGUUACUCUGCCCGUUUAUCCCUAAUCUUAAAAGGUUAACCAUAAACAGUUUCAAGAAUCUCAAGUCCUUACCUGAUAAGCUGCAGCACCUCAAGUCUCUCGAUGAAUUAUGUAUAACCCAGUGUCCAAGAAUUGAGUUCAUACCAGAUGGUGGUUUGCCUUCGAACCUAUUAUCUCUUAAAAUUUCUUUUUGCCUAGGGAUUGAGUCCAUUCCAGACUCUGGUUUUUCUCCAAACCUUAGAGAUCUUUGUAUAUCUUGUUGCGAGAAUCUCAAGUCCUUACCUAAUAAGCUGCAAGACCUCAACUCACUCGAUAAAUUACAUAUAGAAAAUUGUUCAGGAAUUGAGUCCAUAUCAGACGGUGGUUUGCAUCCGAACCUAACUUCUCUUGUAAUUGUCAAUUGCCUAAGAAUUGAGUCCAUAUCAGAUGGUGGUUUGCCUCCAAACCUAACUUCUCUUGUAAUUGGCGAUUGCCCAAGAAUUGAGUCCAUACCGGAUGAUGGUUUGCCUCCGAACCUAAAAUAUCUUCAAAUUCGCCAUUGCCCAAGUAUUGAGUCCAUUCCAUACUGUGGUUCUGCCCCAAACCUUGGAGAACUGAUAAUUUAUUGCAAGAAUCUGAAGAAGCCGAUGCAAGAAUGGGGCCUCAGCAGCAUCACUUCGCUUCUAAGUUUUGAGAUUUGUUGGAUAUGUCCUCCAGAUAAUGUGCUUCCCACUUCUCUAACCUGUCUUGUGGUGCGUAAUGUUGAAAAUAUGAAAUCCAUACCUAAAGGGCUCCUCCAAAAUCUCAACUCUCUUUGAGGUUUAAUAAUUAAGGAUUGUCCAAAGCUGCAGAUGCUGUCAAAGGAAGCCCUCCUUGCCUCCCUUCGAUGCCUCAUGAUUUUGAAUUGCGACAACUUCCGGUCCUUGCCAAAUAAAGUCUUGCCUCCCUCGCUUCAAGUUUUAGAAAUUUCGUUUUGCGGCAACUUCUAGUCCUUGCCAAAGGAAGGCCUGCCUCCCUCGCUUCAACAACUCCUAAUUACAAACUGCCCGCUGCUGCAACGACGAUACAUGGAGGAGAAAGGAGACUAUUGGCCCCUCAUUGCUCACAUCCCCUACAUUGAAGUUAAGGGUUAAUUUUCCUUUUGUAGGCUAAAACAUAAGAGGGAGAUCUGCAAUAUUCUGAAGUUUAACAUUUAUGUCAAUGGAAAAGAAGAAGUUGGUUUUCUGGAGAUUAGAAAGUUGUCAUCCAUGUAUUUUGUGAAGACUCAUUGACUGCUCAACAUAUAAAUAACUGCUAAAAUGGUGGGAAUGGCAAUAGCCAUUGAAAUGGCUUCUUCACUGUGCCUGGCCUACCGCUACUACCCUUGUGUAGUCCUUAAAGCUACAAAACAAGCUCCUUCACUGAUAACAUUUCACAUUUUUACUCCUCUUCAUCAUCAUAGCCAAGUAGCCAACAAUGAUAUAUGCUUAUGCUUAUGCUUUUGCCACCAUUGAUGCUAAUAAGAAGCUUAGGAGCACUGAUCUGGUGGCUCUUGAGUAUGCUGAUCUUAACCUCAAAAAUUUUCUGGGCAUUUCAUUUUUGCAAAUGUUUCAGUUUCCAUUAAAUGAUUGGUAUCCACUCAUCCUGGACCCUUGAUGCUAAUUUCAAUCUAAUGCCUGCAUCCUCAUUUCAAGAAAAGGCAUCAUAAAGAAGGGUUCUGCAGAACCCUUUAUUGGAUUCAAUUAAAAUAGGUGGAUUCCU